CUCUCUGCUACAGUUUUGUCAGGCAGAAAACUUCCUGAAUGAAACACAAACCACAACAAGACGAGUUAGCAAAGGAGGCAUAGAUUUGUACGAUGUUCUAUCCCUAUAUUACGUAUGUUUUAUCAGCAGUCAGUUAGCUAGCGAUAGAGCUACCAGUUUAGCGAAGAACAGAAUCAGUCACCUGUUCUAAGCUGCUAAUCUGAUGUUAGCGCGGUACCUAGAGAGGUAACUUGUUGUUCUUUUAACAUUAUCCACCUCAUUAUUAUCGGUGCACCGGAUUUCUUCCCUUCAUUUGCGGCUAUAUCGCUCCAGGUCCUCAUCUGCUCCUAUUCUCUCAGUCCGCAUGACUGAUUGUAUGUGUUGAAUCGGUGGACAAGCACACGCACAAAGGGCCACUGUUUGGUCAAGGAUGACCACGGAAGACAUGAAGAAUGAAGCCGACACCACCUCAGUAGUCUCUAUGGCUCUCUACACCGUGAUGUAUCCGGUCUUUAACCAGCUGGAGAAAGCGGAUUUAUCAGCGGCGCAGACCUUGAGAGCAGCCUUUAUAAAGGCGGAGAAGGAGAACCCAGGUCUGACUCAGGACAUUGUUCUGAAGAUACUGGAGAAGAAGAACUUACAAAUCAACUAUUGUGAGUCUCUACUUCGCAUGGCUGGAGAUGAUGUGGAAGAGUUCAUGAUUGACAGGCGAGAACCGGAGUUCCAGGAGCUGAACGAGCGGGCCCGAGCUCUGAAACACAUCCUCAGCACCAUACCAGAUGAGAUCAAUGACAGAGUGAGCUUGCUCCAGACCAUCAAAGACAUUGCAAGUGCCAUCAAGGAGCUGCUAGACACGGUUAAUACUGUCUUCAAGAAAUACCAGUAUCAGAACCGACGGGCGCUGGAACAGCAGAAGAAAGAGUUUGUGAAGUACUCGAAGAGCUUCAGCGACACUCUCAAAACCUACUUCAAAGACGGAAAAGCGAUAAACGUGUUUGUCAGCGCCAACCGGCUCACCCACCAAACCAACAUGAUACUGCACGCCUUCAAGACUGUGGUGUAGCAGCCAGAGUAUACACGCACGCGCGCACACACACACACGCACACACACACACACACUUUAUUUUAGACAAUAGGUGAUGUGAGGCUUUCUAAUUUGUAAAGACAUUUUAUUAUUUUGGGCUCUAUAAUUUAUAAUUCUGUGGCUUUGAGGGGAGAUCAGGUACUUUGAGUUUCAAAGCAAACCAGGUUGACAGUAAUUGCCAAGGAUUUUUUAUUCUACUCUCUUUUAUGUUGUUCUUUUAUCAGAUUCUUAAGGCAAUAUUUCUUCAUUCUUUUAUAUAUUUGCCUCACUGUUCAGGUCUAAAGAACAGUGUAGUGAAAGAGGUGAUUAUAUCCCCCUGUCUUCAGAAGUUUGGCUGGAUUAGACCUUUUUCUUUGACUUGCUGACAUGUGUAUUAAUGGCAGCUGCAGUCCACUCGUAGAAUGCCCCUCGCCUGUGGCGCGUUGACUGUCAUGAUUUACCAUGGCGCUGAGCUAUCAUGAACACACCUGAGAUUUCCCUACUGUGACAAGUAAAAAAUGUCUGCUGUGAAGAAAGGUCUGUUUUGGCAGUUACUAAUAUCCUGCUGCUUUGGUUGAAUCUAUCUGGGAUUGGUCUGUGAAAUAUUAACAAUGAAACCUGUAAAAUGUCAAAAAUGACGACAGGCAUCCAUCGAAUGAAUGAUAAGUCACUCCCCUCCCAAUACACACACACACACACACACACACACACACGCACACACCUUCUCAUUCAAUUCAAAUGAAAGAUGUAAAAAAAAAAAAGGAAGAAAAUUACCACCUCUGUCAUUUCAUUAGGUACAUGAGUGAAACCUGUUUUGCACUUAAUCUUAACUUCAUAAGUGUUAUGAUAUUAAGUCCAUGUUGAAGCGGGUGGAAAAUUGUUAACAUGCUUAAAUAGAUCUGAAACCAGCCAUGUUAAAGCACUUGUCAAGGGAUGAAGAUAAAAUGUUUCAUUUAUUUGUAACGCAACAAUUAUGAAUUGCUCAAAUGUAAAAAUAAUCUGUAGCUGUGCCUUCAGCACACGUUAGCAUAAUAUUAGGUACACUGGUGGAAACUUAUGUGUUCUAAUGUAACUAAAUCCUCCUUCAUGACUGAUCUAAUGUUCACCUUAUGUUGAAACGACAUAACAAAGCUAAUUCAGCUAUAUGCUGCUGAUCUGGAUUAAAGUAAACGUUAAAGUGUUUCUAUUAUUUAGUCUGACUAAAAUGGGGUUGCCAUAAUAAAAUGUAUCUGUACACAAUACAGUUUAGUAGUACAACAAACCACAGUCUCUAAAAUGAAAACAGUUGAAUCAACAUCUGUCAGUUAUUUGAGACAGUACUGAAUAGCGUAACUUCGUGAGGCUGCAGAGCUGCUGCAGAGCUGUUAUGUUAGAAUGCAUUUGUUUUCUCUUGUGUACCUAAUGAAAAGGCAAUCAUUCAUUUUUAUUGUUUGCUGUUGAAGUUGAAGAGUUUUCAAAUCCUCCAGCAAAUUUUCAUGUCAGGUUCUUGGCAUCAAAGAGCGCAGCCUUUCUUCAGAACAACAUUAAUAGACGAGCUUGGUUCAGGGAGGGUGGGUGUGGGUAAUCACGGACGCUAGAAUGAGGUAAUGAUUCGAGAUUUAAAGGAAUUAGGAGCAGCAAGAUUAAAACAAGUUGUGAUUUGCUGUGUUUUCAGGAUUAUGAAUGUAUCAUUUCUUUUUUUCUUUGGUGUAUCUUUCUCAUGCUUCUCGUGAAUGUAAUAUCAGUGACUUUGUUCUAAUGAAAUUUUCAAGCAAAUGUAAAUAAAACAUUGAGGCCUGAAACUCCCUGA